AUGCAUGGAUUUCUCCUCCAAAAUCCAAAUAUAGGGAAAGAAAGAGAAAAAGAAAGAGAGGAAGAGAGAAAUAAACGCUUAAUAACCCUAUUUUUAAUUCUUUAGUUUUGUUUUUCUCUCUUUGCCUUAGCUUGUUUAAUAUCCAUCAUUAGCAACAAAUGUAACAACACAACUCUUCAAACUUUUGAUUUUUUCUUCAAAACUCAACUACCCAAUAAGCCACUACUUCUACUUCUACUACUAUAGUAAUAACCAUUUCCAAACACUUCUUUGCUCUGUUUUGUUUCACUACUCAUUCUCUCUCUCUCUCUCUCUUUCACUCUUUCUUUCUUUACCUUUUUUUCUGCCUUAGAUCUUGCACUACCUUUGGUAUUUUCUUCAACUGAUGCAGUUUUCUACCUCAAUUAUCUGAUCUCAAUUCUCUUACUUUUUCUUCUUUUUCAUCUUAUCUUUCAUCUGUUCUGUUCUGUUUCAGUUUCAGUUUCUUGAAUAAUAUUUCAAUGGAAGAAAAAUCAAAAUAUCAAAUUCAAGAAUUCAAACAUGCUUGCAAAUUCUGUAACAAAAGCUUCCCUUGUGGAAGAUCUUUAGGUGGUCACAUGAGGUCUCAUAUCAACAACUUAUCAUCUGAAAAAACAGAACAGAAAGAAAAAGUUUCAAUCAAAAUCAACAAUGGAAGUUGCAUUGAUCAUUCUGGUAGCUAUGGUUUAAGAGAGAAUCCAAAGAAGACAUGGAGAAAGAGAGUUGCUGAAUCAAGUGAAGAUAGUUAUGUGUAUGAUAAAUUCUGCAAAGAGUGUGGAAAAUGUUUUCAGUCAUGGAAAGCUUUGUUUGGUCAUAUGAAGUGUCAUUCUGAUCAGAAAGAAAGAGUUUUUGAUGAUAGUUUGGAAGAUCAAGAUUCAUGGACUAAUAAUGCUAAAGAUGUUGAAUCAGAUAAUGAAAUUACUGCUCCAAGAAGAAAAAGAAGAUCAAAGAGAACAAGAACAAGGUAUAAUAACAUGGUAGGUUCUUCUACUGCUGCAACUGUUACAACUGCUACAACUUCUUCUUCUGUUUCUGAAGUUGAACAUGAGCAAGAAGAAGUUGCUAUAAGCUUGAUUAUGCUUAGUAGAGAUGUUAGUCCUUGGAGUGGUUUUGCUGAAUCAUCUGAUAAUAAUUCUGUUUACUUCGAAGCUCGAUCUUCUGUUCGAACUAAUCUUGUUACUAAAUUCGAUGCGAAAAACAAGAAUUUUAGUACUACUACUACUGUUGCUGCUGCUGCUGCUGCUACUUCUACUAUCAAUAUUGCAAAGUUGAUGAAGCAAAGUGAGAAGAAGAGUUCUGUUUCCAAAAAGUUAAACUUCAAAGGAAAAAGUUUAGAGAUUUUGGAUACUGAAAAAGGAUUCAAGAUGAACAAAACUGGAGUUUCCAUUAAAGGGUUUCUGAAAUCAACAAAAUCUGAGCUUGAUUAUGUGUCUACAUUGGAAGAUUCGGAAGUCGAAAAUGGGAAAAGCAGAGUCAAUGGAACAGAAUCAGCUAUGAACAUGGGUGAUCAUGAAGAUGAAUUCAUCAAGAAUUUUCAUAAGAGAGGGAAAUUUGAGUGUACUACUUGUAACAAAAUUUUCCAUUCAUAUCAAGCUCUUGGAGGACAUAGAGCAAGUCAUAAAAAGACUAAAGGGUGUUUUGCUUCAAAGAUUGAGAGUAGUGAAAACAGCAUUGAAUUUGUAGAAACUGAUCUAUCUCAUGAACCAAUAACUGAAAGCAAGGUCAUGAAGAUUAGUGAUAACAACAUUGAAUAUGUUCAAAAUAUGAAGAUCAAAGGUCAUCAUGAGUGUCCAAUUUGCUUUAAGGUUUUUCAAUCUGGUCAAGCUUUAGGUGGACAUAAAAGAUCUCAUAUGGUUGUUGCUGCUACUGCUUCUGAGAGUAGAGUUUUAGUUCAAGAACAAGUUCCACAGAUUAGGGACUUUCUUGAUCUUAAUCUACCUGCUUCUACUGAGGAAGAAAGUAAUAGUCAUGCUGAUUCUAAUAGACCUUGGUGGAUUGUUGAAGGAAAUCAACAAGAGGCACUUGUAGGGUAGGGACUUAUCUAGCUAAGCUUCUUAGCUUAGUCCAUCACUGGUUCAACUUUAGAGUGAAGUUUUUUUUUCUUAACCUUCGAUUACGAGGGGAAAGGGCCCUGGUUAUGUGGAGUUCGGCCAGGAGAAAAGUAAAGUCUAUUCCAACCAGGACUCAAAGUGAAGAUUUAAACUGUACAGAAAUUGUUCUGCAUUUAUUUCAUUCAUUCUUUACAUGAUUCAUGUACUUUCCCAAGGUAUUUUUGUUUUUCUCAUUUUAGAUUUUUUCAAAUAGUAAGUGAGAGAUGAACUUUCCUCUUUGUUUUCUUUUUUGUUUUUGGGAUACUAUAUGUUAUAUUGAUAUUUGAUACUUUGUUCAUAAUUUGUGCAAAGCUUUAGUUCAACAUUUUGAUUCUCUUAGGACUAAUGUUAGUAGAUUAUAUUAGUAACCGGAGUUCGAAUUCUAAACCUUCUGAUUAGUACUAUUUGAAUGUCUCUCGGCUCACCAAUCGAGUUGUCAACUAAAGGAAUUAAUUUUCUAAGAGAUUUUUUUUUGUAGUUGUGUUGUUUUCACCCACUUGAGAUGUUGCAUUCCUAUAGAUGUACUAAAAUUGUAUAAAUUCCAAAAGUGACAUGGUUGUGUUGUGGGGUAAUUAUAUAUUUAACUUUGUAUGAAAGACAAUGAAUGAGGUGUUG